GACAAGGAGCCUCCGGAAAAGAAAGUGCAGCGGCAACAAAGUAGCAGACGGGGCUCGGGCCGGGGCGGCAGGAUGAAGUUGCGCUGGGCCCUGCUGCUUGCUCUGUGGCUGGAGAUGGCCACGCCCGGCACUGGCUCAGAGCGCUGCGACGACUGGGGUGUGGACACCAUGAAACAAAUCCAGCUCUACGAUGGGGAGCCCGCCAGGAUCAAAUGCCCGCUCUUCGAGACCUUCUUGAAGUUCAACUACAGCACGGCCCACUCCGCCGGCCUCACCCUCAUCUGGUACUGGAUCGGGCAGGAUCGGGACCUGGAGGAGCCCAUCAACUUCCGCCUCCCGGACAGCCGGAUCAGCAAGGAGAAGGACACCCUUUGGUUUCGGCCUGCCCAGCUCAAUGACACGGGGAAUUACACGUGCAUGCUCAGGAACACAACCUAUUGCAGCAAAGUUGCGUUUCCCUUGGAGGUUGUUCAGAAAGACCCGGGUUCGUGCGUCAGCCGUGCCAUCAAGCCCAUGGAAGAGAUGUUCUACUUGGAGCACGCUAACGAGGUCAUCCCUUGCCCAGAUAUCGAUGGGUUUUACCCUCCCAGUGCAAAGCCAGCUAUCAAGUGGUACAAGAACUGCGUGUUUGUGAAGGACUUCUACGACAUCUAUCCUCACGGGCCCACCCUCACCUUCGGCAUCAUCCGCGACACCUUCAAGGGAGACUACACCUGCAUCGUGACCUUCCGGGAGAAUGGACGGGCCUACAACCUCACCCGAACCGUGCGGAUGAAGGUGGUGGGGUCUCCAAACAAGGCGUUGCCGCCGCAGUUCACCUCUCCCAACGAGAAAGUUGUCUACAAGCUGGAACCAGGGGAAGAUCUUGUUCUGCCCUGUCAGGUCUACUUCACUUUCCUGAAGGACUCCCGCACCGAGGUAUGGUGGACCAUCGAUGGGAAAAACACGGACGACAUCACAGAUCCGCGGAUAAAAGUCACUCAAAGAGAGAUUGCCCAGCUCUUCGGAGACAAGGACAUUGUGAGGAUGCUGAUGAUAGCAAAGGUCACGCCGGAGGAUUUGAAGCACAACUACACCUGCCAUGCCAGGAACAGCAAAGGAGAAGUGCAGCAGCAGGCUCUGGUGAAAAUGAAAGUUGCAGCUCCGAGAUACACCGUGGAACUGGCCUGUGGAUUGGGAGCUACCAUCCUGCUGGUCGUGGUCCUGAUAGUCAUCUACCACGUGUAUUGGCUUGAAAUGGUCCUCUUCUACCGGGCUCACUUUGGCACCGACGAGACCAUCCUAGAUGGCAAGGAGUACGACGUGUACGUGUCCUAUGCCCGUAACGCCGAGGAAGAGGAGUUCGUGCUGCUCACCCUCCGCGGCGUCCUGGAGAAUGAGUUCGGCUACAAGCUGUGCAUCUUCGACAGGGACAGCCUCCCCGGGGGAAAUACCAUCGACGCCGUCUUCAACUUCAUCCAGCGAAGCCGGAGGAUGAUCGUGGUGCUGAGCCCCGACUACUUGACGGAGAAGAGCAUCAGCCUGCUGGAGUUCAAGCUGGGCCUCCUGUGCCAGAACGCCAUCUCCACCAAGCUCAUCGUGGUGGAGUACCGCCCGCUGCAGUGCACCCACCCCAGCAUCCUGCAGCUGAAGGAGUCGGUCUCCUUCGUCCCCUGGAAGGGGGACAAAUCCAAGCGGUCCGGCUCCAAGUUCUGGAAAGCCUUGCGCCUCGCCCUGCCCCUCCGCAGCCUGAGCGACGGCACGGGCUGGAACGAGAGCUGCUCCUCGCAGUCGGACAUCAGCCUGGAUCACCUCCAGCGGCGCAGGAACCGCUCGAAAGGGCCCUGGGAAGCCGCCGUUGCGCCGAGGGGUGCAGCCGGGGCUCCCCGCUCGAAGGCCACGCAGCAGACCAAGCCCUUCCUGGCCUGCCGGUGCUGCGUGACCUACUGCGACGAGGACGGUAAACUCAGCAAGAGCCGCCCGGCGGCUGACUCCCAAUGGGAGACUCGCCUCUGCAGACCGGGCAGGCCCGAGGCACGGAGGGUGCAAAACGGGAGCAGACCGGAGCCCUCUGCGGCCCCGAUCCCGGCACUGGCGCUCCACCAGUACGCCGACUUGUCCAACAGCAGCGACUUCUACGUCCUCUAGCCCCUUUACAGACUGGCUCGGCCUCCUCCAACAUCUCUUUGUUUGCUCUAGAAAGGCUGGAACGAUUCAGCUCGGCGCCCUGCAAGCAAACCCACUGGGGACCCGCACAGCUCGGGUGGGCAACGGGGGCCGGCAGCUUUCCCUCUCCCCAUUGACAGCUGCUAAAUGGAAAUAAAAGAAGCUAAAUGGACUUCCUCUGCUGCUGCUUGCCCAUCUCAGCAGGGGCCGUGAUGACCAUGGGGCUGCUUCUGGGAUUGCUAAUGGGAAAGCAGAUAAACGAUCUCUGCACCAAGUCGUGGCAGCGUUGGAGGGGCCCUGCCUUGCCUUGCAGCCUUCCCUAUUGAUUUGGGGACCAGACCUCUCCCCUAGCAUUGCAGGAUGGAGCUGUACAGCGCUGAGUCCAAUCUGGUUAUAAAGGGACAUAGUCAUACCCUGAAAAUCUCCAAAAAGCCUUUAAUUUGCUGCCGUUCCAAGCUGCAGCGAAGGGAACCGGGAUGAAAGACGGAGGGGGCACGCUGUGCUCCCGACAGCGUUUGGCCUGGGCCAAUAGUGUUUGAGAGGGGGUUUGGAGGCAUCAAGGGGAUCAAGGUGCUGUCCUGUCACUGGAGUCCCAGAAGGGCUGUGGGGACAGGUCCGUGCCGUGGUUUCUCCUGCAGAAUUAGCUUUCUUUUGGGUCAGUGCAGCCUUUCACGCUGCAGCCGGGGAAUGCAUUACACGUGGAAGGCAAUGGGAUUAAAAACCCACAGAAAAAGCCAGGGGGGCAGGGAGGCACCGAUUAGAAAAGACUGUGUUUGAAACCCAAUGGGUUUCACUCUGGCCGUGUUUUAUGCCGUGACACAAUCGAUGGGCCGUGGGGGCAGAUGUUCUCCCAGAUGUUUCUGGCCAGGAUUCCUCCAGAACGGAGGUUUUCGGUGCUCAGUUGUAGCUUGUGAGAUAUAACCCCCUCCUUUUGGGACCUUAGUCACUCAGGGGGGGUGGUCUUCAACCCCCCCUUACUCCCACAACCACCAUUUGGCCAAGCCAGGCUAUACCAUCCGGUUUUCUACGCCUUUCCCAGUAAUAUAACCUGGGCAGCCUUUUAUAUCGUCUGAGCCCAAAGACAGGUCCUACAUUUUCUCUGGUGUUGGAGGCAUGAAUUGGGACCCCCUCUGCCCCUGGGGAUCUUAUCCUCUUUUGCCCUGUUUUGCCUUCAAGGGUUGAAAGGACACCGCCAAUAUUCAGUCACAAUUGACCCAAGGAGCUGAGACAAAUGACUAUAUUUUUCCCGAAAUUGUUUCCGGAAAGCCUGAUGUAGAAAGAAAAGAUUUUUUCCGGAGUCAUGGCAGAUUGCUCCCUGGCUGCUCCAGGUAAAAGGUGACAGUUUUAGCCCUUUAACAGCUGCUGCCCAAUUGACAGCAGCUUUUGGCUGCUCAGCUGAAAGCUACUGCCUGUUUGGCGAGAGGGUUAAAACUGGACUUCACCCCUGCCACUUGCUGGCUUGGAGAGAAGCAACAGCCACUACAGUGCAGUGUCUCCGUGCUUUCCUUUCAGCAGAGCAAACUCGGUUUCCCUCCUUGAAACGUGCAACUCAGGUUUGGAGGGCUGAUUUUUGGGGAAACAAUCCAUGUCGUAUGCAACUAAAUAGCACAUAAGGGAAAAUGGAGGGGGGUAAAAAAAUAUCCUGCAACGUGGAGUUAUUCCAAAUAAAACCCAGGUAUGAAAUCAGCAGCCGGCCUAUGACAAACUAGAAUAGCGGGUGCUAGCUAGACACCUUUCCCAUUAAUCCAUCCACGGCAGGAUUGUGCCUCAAAUGACCUUCUCCAGCACCUCAAACUGGCUCAUUUUAAAUAACUCGGGCCCCGUGUGUCAGACCACAAUGACCCCCAAGUGAUUCAGUAGGAAGAGGAGAGGAAGAAAGUGUUUUUUGUGGGGGGGUUAACACAAAAGCUACUAAACUCCAGGGUGCUUUCCAAAAAGGAAAGAAAACAGAAUAGACACUGUCAAAAUAAAGGUGCCCAUCACCUACGAUCUGACCCCGUGAGCAGGUCUGACAGAUUGGAAAACAAGCCCAAAAUAAAUAAAAAAUCCCACUGCUUUAUAAUCAAUCAUCCUCUGGUACUGCCGCGGCUGUUUUAUGUGGGCACUUGUCAGCUUCUGUUCAGGAGCCCUGUCCUUGUUAUGACCACGUCAGAAAGUAGUGAAUUAUGAUCAGGACAGAGAGGCAGGGAGAAUUGGUUGGAGACAGUGGUAAAAUGAUGAAACGGCAAACAUUUUGGAGCAAACCCAUCAGAAAGGAGGUAAAAUACCAUUGGCUAAAUAUGCCACGGGGGUACAGAGAUUGCUACUGAGCUGGGCUGGCUUAUAGCAGUGGUGUAAGUAGAUAUUUAUCUGCUGGAGAGAGAAAAGCAAAGCAUUUAUAUACUGACUGGGACGCUUCGCUACAGCCCCAAGUCUUACACCAGCUAGGAGGAGAAGAGAAGUUUUCAGACAGUUGUCUGCUAAAGCCAAAGCUUUGAGGCAUCUUGGGCUGAUGGGAUUUAGAAAGGUUGCUCCCUCCAGCGUAUCUCAGCUCCGCGCAAGGAUCCGGUGGCCGAGCUGUCAAAUGAAUGUAGGUUCACACUGCUUGCCUCUGGCUUGGGGUAGAAAUCAUCCUUGAGCUGAGGAGUUUGCACCAGGCCUGUUGCUUGAUGAUAGCAAAGUUUGGAGGGGGACGCCUGGCUCUCCUCCCUUUGCAGAUGCAUUCAGGUUAAUGUUGAGGCCUUCAGCUCGGUACUGUGUUCCCCUCACCACCUGGGGCUUGUCUUAGUGGGUAGGAUAGCUAGCUCACAUCUAUGCCACCCCUCUCUCAGAAAACUAGGAAAGGCCAGCCAGGGAGGGCGAGUGCAAGGCUUGGAAGCAGGGUAGCAUUUGCAGGAUCUCCUGUUGCAAUGCUCCAUGCAUACUCUGCAGUUUCCCUCCACGAGGGCUAGACUGUAAAGGGUUUGCUAUGUUGGAACAGAUGCAUUGGCCGGGUUUGCACCAGCGCGUGCUUCAGAGGCAAACUUAGGGCAUGUGUCCACCGUCUCUCCUGUGCCCGGUGGCAAUGCACUCAGAAGCAAGCUCCGUUCGCUCACUUGCACCCUGCAUCCCAGAAAUAAACCUACGGGCCAGGCUUCAUGUAGCCCUGAGUGUGUACCAACAGGCACGCCUGAGACAGACAGCUUGGGAGUGAUGCUGACUGAGCACCCCACUGCUCCAUGGGUCCACAUUGCCCAAUUUUGGCAAGGUGCAGGCACAGGGGGGAACGGGGCUGAUUUAGUCUGCAGAAGAGAAGACCGAGGGGGAUUGAGUAGCAGCCUUCACCUCCCUGCAGGGGGGCUGCAACGAGGAUGGAGCUGGGCUGGUCUCAGUGGGGGCAGAUGACAGAAGGAGCAAUGGACUCAAGCUGCCGCAAGGGAAGUUGAGGUUGGAUAUUAGGAAAAACUCUCCCACCAUGAAGGUGGUAAAACACUGGAACAGGCUACCUGGAGAGGUGGGGAAGUCUCCAUCCUUGGAGGGUUUGAAGGCCCAGGCAGACAAAGCCUUGGCUGGGAUGAUGUAGUUGGGGUUGGUCCUGCUUGGAGCAGGGGUUGGCCUAGAUGUGGCCUCCUGCGGUCCCUGCCAGCCCUCAUUGUCUGAUCCAAAGACGAGACAUCACACCUGGAGAGGGAUUCAGAGGCCAGCUGCGUGCUGUCACACAGGCCAUUUUCCCCCAAAGUCCUCUGGCACAGGCUCGGGUACCAUCAGCACCUGCACUUUUCUCCAGCAGUGCCAAAUUUCACCAGUGUAUUGCAGCUCUUGCAGCAAUUCUUGAUCGAUUCAAUUUUUACAAAGUCCCAGCUCCCAGAGUCCCGUGAUCUCACUGUGAUCAGGUUUGAAACACGGUGCCUGCAAAUGCAGGAGGCAAAUGAAUAAGCCUCAAGUGUAUUAUUUCUUGGAAUGACAUGAAUUUUCAGCUGUUCUCAUGGUUUUGAGGCCAGGACCAACUCAGUGGGGACUACUGCAGUCUCCCAGGCCUAGAAGGAAGGGCCUCCUGUUUGCACCAGUUUGUACCCCUCUUUUUAAAAAAGAAAUAAAGCAAACCCUCUGAGACG